GUUUUCGACAUCUUGCGAGAACUAGGUAUUCAGUUAAUCAUCCAACAUGAAAGUAUUUUAUUUAAUUAGUAUAUUUAUUUUGUCUGCGAGCGCUGAUGAAAGCGUUCUCUGCACUUCUUCAUACUGUGAUUCUGUUGAAUGUAGCGAUUUACCUGCGAAAUGUCAAAUACAAAAUGCAACGCAUAACGGAAUAUUUUUACCUUCUCCUCAGGUGUGCAACUGUUGCAGUUAUUGUUUAGAAAAUCUAGAUGAAGGCGACAAAUGCAGUACCGGAAAUCCAUCUAGCCCUUCACACACAACUAUUUGUGGACCAGGAUUGUAUUGCUCAUUAAGAGCAAAUAGCGAUUUCGAUGGAUUUUGCACUAGAAUGGCCUCACCGUGCCAUCAACUGCAAGACGAUUACGACAACAAACGAUUAAAUGGAACCUUAGGAUCCAUGGAAACUAGACAGACAUGUGACGAUGAUGGGACAUUUUCUUCUUACAAAUGUAUUCCAGGGCAAACAUGCUACUGUGUGAAUAAAGAAGGUAGUAGAAUUUUCGGGGAUCGUGAUUUUACUGGGCUUCCUUCGUUUCACAUGCAAUGUGGUUGCUCAAGAGACUACUACGAGGCUGUAGAAAUCACAGGAAAAGAGCUGGGACCCAGCGAAUUUUUUCGAUGCUCCCCCACUGGAGAUUAUGAUACGAUUCAAUGCAUUGGCGAUCAAUGUCUAUGUGUAGAUGCAGAAGAUGGGGCUCCCACUUACCCUAACGAUGCCUUAGUUAACAUGACGCUGUUAUCCAACGAAACCCUGCGUUGUUUUUCUGGAGAGGAAGACGGCGUAUUCUACAAAAAGUGCGAGGAAGAGUACGUAGCAAUAUUAGAAGAAGUUAAUAUGUACAAAGAUGAUGGAUUCGACCUGGUAUUUUCCUACACUUUCCCAAAAUGCGAUCUGGACGGCAGUUACCAAGCCGUGCAGGAAAAUUCGACUCACAAAAUAUGCGUAGACAAAGAAGGAAGCGUUCUUACCGCCGUGGACAAGAUAGAAAAUAAAACUUUAGCGGAUGCAAUGGACUGCAACUGUUUGAGGGCAAACCUCAUAAUCACAUCCGUGGAGAAACCUACAUGUGAAGUGAAUGGAAAUUAUUCUCCAAUACAAUGCAGAAGAGGAACAUGCAGAUGCGUCGAUAACAAUGGAAACCAAGUUUGCAAAAGCUCUGCGUGUGAAGUAGCAGAAAUAGACAGAGAUACUUUGAAAUGUUGAUAUACUACAGUUAAUUUAAAACAUAAUAAAUUGGAAUUUAUAACUUA